AUGCAGCAGUGUUCUGGAAAAAUGUGGAGCUGCAUAACAGAUUUCUUUACCUAUGAGACGACCAAGUCCGUGGUGGUAAAGAGCUGGACUAUUGGGAUCAUAAACCGUGUCGUCCAACUCCUCAUCAUCACAUACUUCAUUGGCUGGGUGUUUUUGUAUGAGAAAGCCUAUCAAGUGAGAGACACAGCUAUUGAAUCAUCAGUCAUGACUAAAGUGAAAGGGUUUGGAGAGUAUAACAACCGGAUCAUGGAUGUAGCCGAUUAUGUCACACCUACUCAAGGGGCAUCAGUGUUCUGCGUAAUCACUAAGCUCAUCACGACAGAAAAUCAAGUUCAAGGCUACUGUCCAGAGAGCGAUCUCAAAUUGAAAUGUAAUAGUGACGUUGAUUGUAAGAAGCUGAUGUCAAAACCAUCUAGCAAUGGGUUGCUGACAGGACGCUGUGUGCCCUUCAAUACUAACCAAAAAACCUGUGAGAUUAAAGGAUGGUGUCCUGCAGAGAUUGAUGAAAUUCAGCCAAACCCCAUGAUGGAGGUGGAGAACUUUACCAUCUUCAUCAAGAACAGCAUUCGCUUCCCACGUUUUAACUUCACAAAGGGAAACUUUUUGCCCAACAUCAAAAGUUCCUACAUAAAGCAGUGUAAUUUUGACUUUGAGACUAACAUGUAUUGUCCGAUAUUCAAAGUGGGGGAUGUGAUCCGAUUUGCACAACAGGACUUUACUACUCUUGCUAAAAAAGGGGGAGUGAUAGGGAUAAAAAUAGCAUGGCUAUGUGAUUUAGACAAGGCAGAUGAUGAGUGCAAGCCGACCUACUCCUUCACUCGCCUGGACGCCAUGUCAGCAAAGACCACUGUGUCUCCAGGAUACAACUUCAGGUAUGCAAAGUAUUUUCAAAUGGAGAACGGGACCGAGUAUCGCACUCUGCUGAAAGCCUAUGCUAUCAGAUUUGAUGUGCUGGUUAAUGGAGAUGCAGGAAAAUUUGACAUGAUCCCAACCUUAAUCAACAUGGUUGCUGCCUUCACUUCUGUUGGCGUGGGUACAGUGCUUUGUGACAUCAUUCUGCUCAACUUUUUGAAAGGAGCUGACCAAUACAAGGCCAAGAAAUUUGAAGAGGUAUCAAAUUCACAUGUUCAGAGCAGUAAUUCACUGUACAGGAGCAGAGACCACAGCGAGCAUUCAAUCAAAACUGAUGAGAAGUUCUUCACCGACUCCGGAGCAUUUUCCAUUGAACGUUAUAGUUAAUAGUGCCGAUCACAGGAAUUAAAUCAGAAAAAAAACAUAGUUCUUCAUUAAAUGCAUUUCAUACAAGUAAUAAUUGAUAUAAUUUUUUCCACUAAACUUAGACUAUUCCACAUAAAACAGUUUAGACCUAUAUUAUAGCAUUAUACAUAAAUAAAUAAAUAUUUAGCCUCCAUAAACAAAUUUCUGAAACUGAAUCCCCCCCAUUUUACAUAAGGAAUAUUUUAACUAUAGCCGUGGCCCCAAUCUUAAACGUCUCAAAUCAAAAUCAAUCAGUCAAAAUCAAUUAUUUGCCUGAGUGAUCUCUAUUUUGUAAGUAUUAAAUAGUAAGUAUGUAUGCUCAUAGUGUUUGCAUGGAGAUGACUAGUAAUUAGUUAAUAAUAUUUAAUAAAUCAUGUGAUUGUAUAGUAUACCAAAUGUAUGUGUUGUUUUUUAUCUUGUGAUACUGUUUAUUGUUCAACUAAUUGUUAAAGUAUAUCAGUCACACCUUUGGCAAAGUAUGGCCAGGGUAACAUUGCAUGAUCAUUUUUUAUUCUAAACUAUAACAUGUUGUUACUUUUUUAUACCACCACUAAUUCCAUUCCUUUGCUCGUAGACUUUGAUGCAGGUUAUGGGGAGACUCAGGGAAAUAAAAGAAAUUACAUUUACUUGUCAUUUGUAAUAUACAUAAAAUGUUCUCAUCUUAAUUAUUGAUUUAUG